AGGAUCCUGGGCCUCAACCGGACGCUGCCCUCGGCCAGCAGGAGGUCGGAGUUCACCCAAGAUGGCCGCCCACAUCCCCUGGUUCUCUGGGACUCAUCUCUGGCUCCAGCGAGUAAUGAUACCCAUUCAUCGGUUCAGCUCACCUGGGGAGCCUAUCAGCACUCACUGAGACAGAAGUGCUGGCUGCACGGCCGGGUGCCCAGACCCGAGUGGGGCUGCACAGAAAUCCACCACCACGAGUGGUCCAAGGUGGCGCUCUUCGAUUUCUUGUUACAGAUUUAUAAUCGCCUGGACACGAAUUGCUGUGGAUUCAGACCUCGAAAGGAAGACGCCUGUGUACGGAAUGGACUGAAGCCAAACUGUGAUGACCAAAAUUCUGCAAGUCUGGCACACAUUAUCCAGCGGAAGCAUGACCCAAGGCAUUUGGUUUUUAUAGACAAUAAGGGUUUUUUUGACAGGAGUGAAGAUAACUUAAACUUCAAAUUGUUAGAAGGCAUCAAAGAGUUUCCCGAAUCUGCAGUUUCCGUUUUGAAGAGCCAGCACUUACGGCAGAAACUCCUCCAGUCUCUGUUCCUUGAUAGGGUUUAUUGGGAAAGUCAAGGAGGGAGACAAGGAAUUGAAAAGCUUAUCGAUGUAAUAGAGCAGAGAGCCAGGAUCCUGAUCACCUAUAUCACCGCACAUGGGGCCGAAGUGCUACCCAUGAACGAGUGAUAAAGGCUGGAGGGCGAGGUGCAGUUAGGCAUUUUUGUUUUUAUUUUAAAACCAAGUACAUCAACCUCGCAUCCUCUUGUGCAUGAGGCAGUGCAGACGAUUGCAUGAAAUAGAUGACUUUAACCAUGUUGGCGUGAUGGACCUGAGUACUGUCUGCAGGUAUAGAGGUUUUUAAAAACAUGCUGCUCGAAAAAUAUAUUUGUGUCUUUCUCUAUAUCAUGAUGCAUUUCAGCAUUGGAGUGCAGAAUAGUUCUAAUCACUCAUCUGACUUGUAAUAGUGUUUGUCAUUUAGUAGAGCAGUAUCAGCCAGAGGUGCUGACUGCUCAGUAAGCCACAUCUUAGACCGUGUGGAUUGAUCUGGCGACUCUAGUGGGAGUGGCUCAUGAUGUUCCUCUGUGGCUGAUCCUGAAAACACCACCCAGGAUGAGUCUGCACUGGGAAUUCAGAAACAGUAUCUGAAAAACUGCCAGCACCUGCCAUACUUUCUAGUAAAAAUGGUGGAUUAAUGACACAAUCACCAGUGAAAUUUCAGAAGUGUCUGUAAAUCAUCAUCCAUCUCUGAGGAGUAAGAUCUGUAUACCCCACUCCUUUUUAGAAAUGUACCUUCUUGUCAGUAUAAAAAUUUGUGUUUAACAGUUUAUAUAUCUGUUAGCUGUUUUCUCUCUGUUUUGAUCCAAUUUUUGUCUGGAGAUUUAGAAAUAAAAUAAUUCUAAGGUAAGAAUUUAUCAUUUGAAAAUGAACAUACAAAA